CACACGAUGAGGUAGAUAUUAGUAAUUUUUUAAUAACAAAUUUGAUAUAUUUUGCUUUAAUAAUCAUUAUAUACAUGUGUUUAUAUAUGAACACAUUUACGUACAUACACAUUAUUCAAUGUAUAUUAUUUUCUCCUAUUCAUUAAAGAUGGCGCUGAUCAUGUAAAGUCAAAGUAUUUAUUUGCAUGUACAUUUUUAUCUUGGUAUGUUUCGUUAUUUAUGCGUUGAUCCUUGACAGAAACAUGAUAUAAACAGAAUUUAAAUGUGAUAAAGAGUUUUAAUUAGUCAUGCAAAUUACUUUGAUUUCUUUAACAAUACUUAUAUCGAUGUGUGUAGUAAGAAAAGUUUGGCGAAUUCUUUAGAAUUAGAUUAUUAUUUAAACGUUCAUAGAGAUAUCAACGUUCACUUUCAGUUUUAUUAAUAUAAUUUUUUACGUGUGUAUAUAUAUAUAUAUAUAUAUAUAUAUAUAUAUAUAUGUUUAUAUAUAUUAUAUAUAAAAACAAAAAACAAAAAUGGAUAUAAUAAUAAAAUUAAAUGAGCAAACAGCAGGCAGAGAUAAAAUUAUCAGAUUGUUGCAAUAUGGAAGUAGAGCUUGCUGGUAUUACGCACAAAAUGUAAACAGCACAAGACAAUCUUCCGACGUUCUACGUAGUUUGGAAUAUACUUUUAGUUCUUUCAGAAAAUUACUACGUUUUGGAAGAUGCUUGGAUAGCUUUUAUUCAGCUUUGUCAACAAUGAAAUAUCCAGAUUUAAUUGUAAGAAUUAUGUUGACAUUAUCGAAAAUUGCAAAUGCUUUGUUUCUUUUAGCAGAUCAUAUUAUUUGGAUAGGCCGUGUAGGAAUCUUCCGUAUUGAUAUAGAAAAGUGGAGUAAAGUUGCUAACAAAUAUUGGUUAAUGAAUAUUACAUUAAAUUUAGCUAGAGAUGUCUAUGAAAUUGUUAAAAUUUUAGAACAAGAAAAGUUCUAUUCAUCUAGGAGAACUUCUAUGGUAUCUAAAUGUAAAUCAGGAAAUCAUUAUGAUGCAUUAUUAUGUUUCAAAGACCAUAAAGAUGUUGUUAUGGAUACUAUUAAAAAUGGAUGUGAUCUAUUUAUUCCAUUAACAGCAUUAGGCUAUACUAAGUUAACACCUGGAAUUAUAGGUAUCUGUGGAUUGAUCUCUUCCAUGGUAGGAAUUUAUACAUUAGUUCAUCCAUUAUAUAAAUUAAAGCCAUCAUAAUCAUAAUACAAUACUUACAUGAAAUGUAAGUUGUAAAGUGUAUCAUAUAAUUAUAUUAUUCUUGUUAUAAUUUUAUUAAAAAGUUUUGGAAAUAGAUUUAUUAAAUAAUUCAGUUUAUAGGUUUAAUUGAUAUAAUGUUAUUUAUAAUCUUAUUCUUCCUUAAUUAUUUUUUAUAGUUUACUGUUUAUAAUUAGGAGAUUAAUGAUUUGUUUUUCUUGUACUGAAUGUAAGAAUAAUAUGAAAUAGUUUUGGAUUACUUUGUAAUAUAUAUUAAUAACAUAUGUAUAUAUAAACAUAUGUAAAUAUACACACACAUGUAUAUUUGCA